GCCAUGUUCCGACCAAGAUUGACCACUUUCGCCUCCGCGGCUGCCGCUGCCAGCAGCUCCCCCUCGUCCCUCAUGCUGCGUCGCACCCUCCUCACCACUGCUUCCCUUCGUGGUCCUUGGUCCGACCCUCUCCCGUCCUCCUCCUCCUCCUCAACCCCACUCAAGCACUACAUAAUCCUCGCCGAAGACGUAACAGAGAAUGGCGAGGGAUUGCGUCGCCGUUUGUCCGUGCGCUCCCAGCACCUGGCGGAUGCGCGCGAGGGGAAGGAGAGCGGGCGUAUCGAGCUCGGCGGUGGGCUUUUGGGCGUGGACCACGCCGAGGUGGGCAAGGAUGGACCGGCGCAACAUCUCAAGGGGAGCUUGUUUGUCGUGCUAGGAGAGUCAAUCGCCGACGUCCGCUCGCGCUUGGAGCAGGACGUCUACUUCUCCUCUGGCGCCUUCGACCCUUCCAAGAUCCGCAUCUUCCCUUUCCUCAAGGCUAGCCUGGGAUCCAGCCCAGCGGGCGCC